AUGAAGGGUCACUUCCUCCCGUGGCAUCGUCUCAUCACUUCAUAUCACGAGAAGAUAUUGCGUGAGGAGUGUGAAUAUCAUGACGCACAGCCGUAUUGGGACUGGACGUUGGAUACUCCAGCUUCCAAGUUCGUCCAAUCGCCCAUAUUCGACGCAACAUACGGCUUUGGUGGUAAUGGCCCUCUUGUGCCAGUCAACACGUCGAACAACGAAGUGCCAGGGCGGACUGGAGGCGGCUGCGUACAGGAUGGGCCUUUCGUCAACAUGACGGUUCAUCUAGGCCCUGCUGCGUCGCUCGCAAGAAACGACCAGUGUCUACGGCGAGACCUGGCGCCCGACUACGCCGCCACAUAUCUGGGCAAAGACAAGUUGGACACAGUCAUGGCGCAGGCGGACUACGGAUGGUUCGCGCGAACGAUGGAAGGUGGUCCAGCCUGGGACGAUAGUCAGAUUCACGCUGGUGGGCAGUACGUGUUCUAUCUUGCAGGGUCCUCGCGUUUUGGUGUUGGUGGCACCUAUGGCCAGAUGGGCGAUCCGUUCACAUCGCCUGCCGACCCCAUCUUCUGGCUCCAUCAUGCCAAUCUGGACCGCGUUUGGUGGUCAUGGCAGGCGAGGGACCCGGGGAAUAGAUUGCGCGACAUAUCUGGGCCGAUGGUUCUGCAAGAUUGGGACAACGCGCAGGGCGGCAAUGUGACGCUGGACUUUCCGCUUUCGCUGGGGUAUAAUGGCUGGGAUGCGAAUAUUAGCGAUGUGAUGGACAUUGGUAGUCUCUGCUACUCGUAUGAUGAGCUCUACUGA